GCAGUCACUGUGGACUGCGGCAAAAACUCUGUCUCUGUACGAUGGAUUAAUGUAAACUCUCAAGUGGAUCCAUCCCUCCUCCGCUUAGGUGACUGUCCUCCAACCCAACUUUCAGUAAAUCCUCAAGGGUCCGAGGCAGUGUUCUAUGCUGAAUUUUUGACCUGUAAUAUUAGGAGGCUGGUGACAACCAAUGAGAUUAUAUUUGAGACUGAGAUCACUUCUCCCACAUUGUCAAAAGCAACACCAAUUUAUUACCCUGUAGCCUGUGCAUAUGAAAGGGAAGAAGACUGGGCUCCUCCUUUGUACGAUCCUCUGCUGUUUCAUACACAUGGCCAGGGAGAUCUGGCAUUUCGUAUGGCUCUCAUGAAGGAUGACUUCAGUGGUGUGGCCACUACCACAACCUUCUCACUAGGCUCAAUGAUCCCAAUUGCUGCCUCAGUCGCCCAGCAGAACCAUCAGCCAUUAAUACUGCUGCUGGAUGAAUGUUUGGCUUCCACAACACCAGAAUUGGCUCCAGAUUCUCAUGUUUACCCACUCAUUACCAACAAGGGGUGUCUUGUAGACAGCAAAAAUACAAACUCCAGGUUUCUGCCAAGAAAUCAGUUGUCAGAGAUCAGGCUGAGUCUUCAAGCUUUCAAGUUUGCCACUGGAGAAGAUGUCUACCUGCACUGCAGGCUUGUGGCAUGGGAACCAAGGGACCUGGAUAGUGGCAAUAAAGCUUGUCAAUAUGACAGGACCAGCUCACGAUGGGUGCUGGUUGAUGAUCCAUCCCAGAGCUCUCUCUGCAGCUGCUGUGACACUAACUGCCAAGGAAGAAAGAAAAGAGGAAUAACAGCAGAUUCCACAGCUGUAAAUUCUGUUAUUGGGCCUCUGGUUAUUAUUUAAAACUGAGGACUGAGUCAUACCUUAAUGGAGCUUACAAGAUGGGCCUCCAAGCUACUGGUUGUUUUGGACGUCCAGGUGGAGCUGAUCCUAUUCAACAGUUGUGAUUCUUAAUCUAAAUAAACGGUUAUAAAUGUG